ACGUACCGGUCGGAUCGGGGGGACACCACGGAGAGCUUCCCUCUGGAUUUCACCGCCGUGGAGGAGAACAUGGAUAACUUCAUGACGCAAGUGAAGAACCUUGCGCAGUCCCUCUACCCGUGCUCUGCGCAAAAGCUCGACUACGACAUGAAGCUGAACUUUUUGGGGAACACAUCGGUCACCUGCAACGACGGGAGUCCUGCGGGGUACUACCUGAAAGAAUCUCGAGGAAGCAGACGGUGGUUGAUAUUCUUAGAGGGCGGCUGGUACUGCUUUAACAAGGAGAACUGUGACAGCCGAUACGAGACGAUGAGGAGACUGAUGAGCUCAUCCAAGUGGCCCCAAACCAAAACAGGCACAGGGAUCCUGUCUCCGCUGCCUGAGGAAAACCCUCACUGGUGGAAUGCCAACAUGGUGUUCAUCCCGUACUGCUCCAGCGAUGUGUGGAGCGGCGCUACAGCCAAAACAGAUCAGAAUGGAUAUGCCUUCAUGGGCUCACUGAUCAUUCAGGAGGUUGUGAAGGACCUGCUGAACAAAGGUCUGGACAACGCAAAAGUUCUCCUACUAGCAGGAAGCAGUGCGGGUGGUACCGGGGUCCUUCUGAACGUGGAUAAUGUGGCAGAGCUGCUGGAGGGGCUGGGACACACGGGGAUACAAGUGCGAGGCCCUGAUUCCGGCUGGUUCUUGGACAACAAACAGUACCACUGCACGGACUGCGUGGACGCUGUGAGCUGUGCCCCCACUGAGACCAUCAAGAGAGGCAUAAAGUAUUGGGGAGGAGUGGUACCAGAGAGGUGCAGGCAAACCCAUGAAGGAGAGGAGUGGAACUGUUUCUUUGGAUAUAGAGUCUUCCCAUCAAUAAAAAGCCCUGUGUUUGUCGUCCAGUGGCUGUUUGAUGAGGCCCAGUUGACAGUGGACAACAUCCAGCUGACAGGCCAGCCGGUGCAGGAAGGCCAGUGGCGCUACAUCCAAAACUUGGGCAUUGAGCUGAGGAACACACUGAAAGAUGUCCCGGCUAUGUUUGCUCCAGCAUGUCUAUCACAUGAGGUUAUCACCAGAAAUUACUGGCUUGACAUUCAGGUUAAAGGCACCUCCUUGCCCCGAGCCCUGCACUGCUGGGAUCGCAGCCUCAACGACAACAGGAACAACAAGGCUCCACCCAAAGGCUGCCCCGUACAUCUGAUUGACAGCUGCCCCUGGCCACACUGCAACCCCACCUGCCCCACCAUCCGAGACCAGUUCACCGGACAGGAGAUGAACGUCAUUCAGUUCCUCAUGCACAUGGGCUUCGACGUGCAGAAGAUGGCCCAGCAGCAAGGCAUGGACCCCAGCAAGCUACUGGGCAUGCUCAGCAGUGGCAGCUAA